AGCUCAGACCCAUUCCCGGUGCCGGGGCGGCAGGUCCCGGCUCCGCGGCACCGCCCCGGGGCCGAGCGCGGCUCCCAUUGAGGCCGGCGCCGGGCCGGCCCCCGCCGCGCCGGGGCCAAUGGGGGCGGCGGACGCGGUCGAGCCUCUCCCCGGCCUCCCCCGCCGCGGCCGGGCUGCCGUCAUGUGAGGGGGAUAUAGUACUACGGGAGCGGGGCCGCGCUCCGCACCGCGCACCCGCCUCCCGGGGGAGCUGCGCCCGCCUCCGCCGCUCCGCGCUGCCGCCGCUCUGCCUCUGCGGGCCGCUGCUAAGGCUGCCUUGGCUCAGUCCCGCGCUUCACUGCGCGCCUGUGGCUUUUUCAAUUUUUCUUUGAUUUUUUUUUUUAUUAUUACUAUUCUACAGUUAUUUUCGCCCUUUUAAUUUUUUAAAUUUUUUUCUUUUUUUUUUUUUUUUUUUUUUUUUUUUUUUUUUUUCGUGGCUUGGUCGUGUUGUUUGGGUUUAUUUCCCCCCCCACCUCGUUUUCGCUGUUGUUGUCGCGUUCUUCUGGUCGUGCGUGGCCUUUGCUGCCCCCCGGCUCGCAGAGGAGUUCAGGCUUUCACCUGAACUUUGGCUGCCUGGUAUAUGCUGUUGGGAUAUCCAUAAGAGAUCAUCCAGGAAUGGUGGAUCACUUGCUGCCUACUGAUGAAUCCUUUUCAUCCACAAGAUCUUCUCUUGGAUACUUUGGGGACAUGACAGCAGGCGUGAGGUCCUACCAAAUGCUGCCCUCUCCUCUGUCAGAAGAUGACAGUGACUCGUCCAGCUUUUGUUCUUGUUCCAGCCCUGACUCCCAGGUCCUCAGCUCCAGCUAUGGAAGCACAUCCAGUGCAGAAAGUCAGGACAGUAUCUUAGACUAUUUAUUGUCCCAGGCAUCUUUGGGGAACACCACUGCAUCAUGGUGGGACAAAAGGAGACUUCAGCCAAUAGUGAAAGAGGAGUACUUUAGGUUGCCUGAAUUUGCCGUGGAUAUGGAAGACUCAGGACCAUUUCAGCCCACGCUUGAGGAAAUUGAGGAGUUUUUGGAGGAGAACAUGGACUUGGAGCUCAAAGAAAGACCUAAAAGCGAGACCAAGGACUUGAGAGCUUGCAGCCAGGUUUCUGUUGCUUCGCUGCAGCAAAAAGACCAUGUGUUACCCAGUACUAGUUUAAAAGAGAGUAAAAAUGAGCAGUUAACUAGCUCAACGGAAGGUGGCCAAGCUUCAAAUGGAGCAAUGACCCUGGAGAAUGGAAUACCAGUUAUGCUCCAAAUUCAGCCUGUGCAGAUCAAACAGGAGUCCAGCACGAGCCCCACUUCCCAAGGACCAGCACAGGAGAACAUUAAAAUUGCACAGCUCCUAGUCAACAUCCAAGGACAGACGUUUGCCCUUGUGCCUCAGAUAGUUCAGUCGUCCAAUUUGAACUUGUCCUCUAAAUUUGUCCGCAUUGCUCCCGUCCCCAUCGCCGCCAAGCCAAUUGGGCCAGGAGGCAUGAUCCAGGGGCAGACGGGAAUCAUCAUGGGUCAGAAAUUUCAAAAGAACCCUGCAGCUGAACUCAUUAAAAUGCAUAAAUGUUCUUUUCCUGGUUGCACCAAGAUGUACACGAAAAGCAGCCAUUUGAAAGCCCACCUGAGGAGGCACACAGGAGAAAAGCCCUUUGCGUGCACGUGGCCGGGCUGUGGAUGGAGGUUCUCCAGGUCGGACGAGCUGUCCCGGCACAGGCGCUCCCACUCGGGGGUGAAGCCCUACCAGUGUCCAGUGUGUGAGAAGAAGUUUGCUCGCAGUGACCACUUGUCCAAGCACGUCAAGGUGCACCGGUUCCCGCGCAGCAGCCGCUCCGUGCGCUCCGUGAACUGAGGGCUC